AUGAAGGCGAUCCAUUUUUUGGAGCCUCCGAAACAGAUUGCUCUAUUUUGUGGCCCAAAUCUCUACCGACCAGACGCGGAAAAGAAGCUUCCUGCUCUAGCAUGGUACCGACGAAUCAUCGAGGCGAUUAUCCCAAAGAACACUGCCCUCACCACCCCUUGUCUGUGGCAUAAUGAUUUGCAUGAUGACAACAUCUUCGUGGACCCCCAGAAUUCCGAAAAGAUAACAGGGAUCAUUGUCUGGCAGUCUUGUCACGUCUCGCCACUCUUCAACCAAAAUCCCGAUCCAGCAUUCCUGGGUUGGAAUGGCCUCGAGCCUGAGACUCUCGAGUUGGCGCCUCGGCCGAAGCUCUCUGGACUUUCUCCAGAAGAACGAUCCUCGGUUUUAUAUGAGUACACAACGCAGAACAUGUUGAUAGGAUGGCGGAAACUCAUGCAUGCCAAAAACCCAGACCUGUAUCAAUUGGUCGAAUUUCGAAAGACGACAGCUUACGGGCUGAUAUUCCUUGCCCACCGAAUGUUCGAGUACGGCGAGGCACAUUUUCAGUCGCUUAUGGUCGAUCUGAAGGACACCUGGACAGACGCACCUGCUUCCAACGGCGUCCCGUUCCCGUUCACGGUUUCAGAAGCGGACAUUGGGCGUAUCAAGGUGGAUUGUGCUGGCGCAGUGGCAGGAACCGAGCUUGUUUCGGAGGUCAAAGAGAGAAUGGGCGAGUUGUGGCCGGACAAAGGCUUCGUUGAGCACGAGCGAUACCACGAUUGCAAAGCAGCCCUUCAGCAGAUCAAGAGCGAGACAAUUGAGCAAUUGGAUGAAACGGAGGAAAAAGCCGAGUACGAGCAAUGUUGGCCGUUUGAAUGA